CCACUACCUCAAACUGAAAAAGAUCCGGGAGUAGUGGGAAGAAUCAAAAACCAUUCUCCUUUGCAAGAAAGGUCAGUGGGAGGAUAUCUCCAACUGUCGUUCCAUCAACCUACUGUCGGUGGUAUUCAAGUCGUUCACGAAAACUCUGCUCAAUCGCAUGGAGCGCAUCUUGAGCGAAUACCAGUCAGUAGAGCAGAACGAAAUCAGGAAAAACUUCUCGUGCAUGGACAUCCAAGAAUUCACUCAGUUACUAAGAAAAGCCAAGAGUAUCGCCUUUCUUUGGCCCUUCUUUUCGUGGAAGUUCUUCAAGAGAAGGCUGAAGAUUCCAAUCGAAGAGGAGGUGCGACAAGGAGAUACGAUAUCUCUGAAGUUUCUUACGGCUGUGUUACAGUAUGCGAUGCUGAACCUCGAUUGGGAAGAAUGGGGAUAUAUCAUCGGUGGCAAAAACGUCAAUAG